AUGUCGGUCAAAACUAAAAAAUCUAAAAUAUUCCCACAUGAAUGUGAAAUAUGUGGUGCUCCUGCUGAAUAUUCUUUUUUUGGUGUUAUUUCAUGUUAUCCAUGCAAAAUGUUCUUUAAACGAAAUGCCAAUGUUGGACAGGCAGCAUUCAUAUGUAAUUUUGAUGGUCAAUGUAAAAUCAAUAGAUAUAAUCGUCAUAUAUGCCCAGCAUGUCGACUUGCUACAUGUUUUAAAUGUGGAAUGAGUACUGGCAAAUUCCGAGAAUCAAGAAAGAUUAAACCAAAAAGAAACAUAUUAGUUAAGGUACAAGUACAAAAUCAACCAGAGAAACUCCCAACAUUAAAUCUUUUACAAUCAGAUCAAUCAUUAUUAACUACUAAUCAAUGGACACUUCUCACAAAUUUAUUUCAUUGUUAUAAAGAAUCUCGGAUUUUACCAUUUAGUCAACGUUUAAUAGAUAUAUACGAUGCUUCACAAUCGAAUUAUGUGAUUUACAAAGAACUUGUAGAAGAAUUCUUAGUAUCUCUUUACGAAACAGCAGGAACAUACCUUCGUUCCAAUGAUGAUCUUCGUAAAUUAUCAUCGGAUGAUCGUUCCAUAAUACUUCGUAAAGCUGCUGACAAUGUGUGCUGCAUGAGUGGUACAUUCAUUAUGCAAUAUUCUUAUUUAUAUAAUCUCGAUGCUUUCUUAAACACUAUGAGCAUAAAGUAUGGAAAACGUACAAUGAAUAUUCAUGUUUGGGCAAGAAAGUUUAUUGAUCCCGAUAUUGUAUUGGCCAAAUUGUCACUUUCAUUGUUUGCUUUCUCUGAAAAUACUUGUUGUUAUUAUUCAAAUAUAUCGAACGAUUUAACAAAUCCUAUUAAUAUUUUAGAGAUUCAAAAUAAGUAUGCAGAAGUAACAUGGAAAUAUCUUCUCUAUAAAUAUGGUCAUUAUGACGCUGUAAAACGAUAUCUUAAUAUAAUACUUUGGCUUAUUUCUAUGAGUAUUUUAACAUUUCAUGCUCAAACUCUGAAAGUACACAUGAAUGAUCUUUAUUCACUUAUUGAACAAACUGAACUGACACUUAUAUUAGAUGAUGUUGAUCAAAUAAUUGAAACAAAUCAGUAUGAUUAG